AUGAGGACUAGCAGGGUGGUAGCAACAACCUUCCUGGCCGGCCUCUUGCUGUUGUGCGCAACUACACCCACCCACGCGGUCCCACUGACCCUUGCAAAAGGUGAGUAUCAAGACUUCUAUUCACGACGGUUGAUGUUGACCGAAGCGACCGUGGGUCCGGGCUGGCUUUUCCAUUGACCGCCAGAUGCCAACAAUUUGGAAAAGCGAGACCUUGCACUCGAACUCGUCGAGCUCCUUCUGGCCCCUUUCAAGAAACCCCUGGUGAGUAGUCGAUUGACAUCGUAUCAGUGACGUGAGGUCCAGGUUCUGAACUGCUUUGUGAUCUAUCGUCUGGCACAACAGAAGAAACUCGCUGAGAAGGUCGUUGGCAAAGUCUUGCCUGGCCUACAUCUCACUCGGCGUUCCCCUUCAACGCAUGAAGUCAAUAUCCGAGUCGUCGUGAUUGAUGACUUGGAUUCGCGUGAGCCCUUUCUUGGCAGUCUUGUCAAGCUGAUCGAGCCUGCGGCUGAUUUGGGCGUAGGUAUUGCCAAAGUACGUCUUGGCUCGCGAUGCAUCACCGUGGAGAAAUUACCAUCAGCUGACUCUUCAGGGCGCUUGUUCUCAAAGAAUUUCUUCGACCCGCCAAAAGGAGUACUUCUGAGGCGCGAUCCAGCUGAUUCGCCCGCGCGCAAGCGAGAGCAACCCGCGGAUUCGAACAGCAACACGCUGCAGACCAAACCCUUGGUUAAUUCGGGUGCAAACAGCGAGAAGAGGUCCAAGGACGUCGGCGCUGGCGAUCAAAAGUGGGGCCUCUUAGGUUCUGGCGGUUACAGCGAAAUAUUCACAGGUACACCGACGAAGCCCCAGCCAAAAAAUGACCCGCACACAGGCUCUCAGCGUAAGUGCAGUCAGUACAUGGGAGUGCUACUGACUGUGCCGGCUAAGUGAUCACCUUGCCCUUUCGAAGAUCGACGAGACGUGAGCGAAGUGCAGCUUGACCAUCUAUUGAAAAUUGAACGCCGGACACAAAAACACAACGGUGAGUUCCGAUAUCAGAGUGAUCGCAAUGUCGCCUCGCCUGCGUCCAGAGACUCAUCAGGUUGCAAUUUCCACCUCAAGGCGGAAAACCGUGGAAGCUGUCUUUGGCAGACUUUGGUCUCAUUGGCGGAGGCAGGAGCGGAGGCGGGCAUUGGGAGCAUCACGGCAAGCAUAGCAGUCAGUCUUUUCCAUCAUCUCCGAAGCCCUCGAUCUUCGCUCACUGUUUUCGAUGGUGUCGCACAGAGCGCGAAGUCACUACUGCGCCUCUCGACCCCAAUGUGAAGGACAAAGUCAUCCGAGACUGGGCGAUCGGCCUGAUUGGCGGUGGCGGCCGGAAUGAGAUCGGCCGGAGAGCUGCGAACAGUGAGUAAUACCUUCUCCUCUCAAGCUAAGUCACUUAUGAGCCCAGAAGCGGGAAAGGAUCGACGCUGAAUCUCGGUGCUCAUCUCUGGCAGAGCGUGACGUUCCCCUGGAGCGUAUGACGAUGAGGAAGAAUCGAGCCCAAGCCGACUGGCCCGUAAACAUCGGUGGUGGCUACGAAAUAGGCAGCAAACAGAAGCGAGGCCAACGUGGAGGUCGAGGAAGCAAAAGGAUCAAUUUGAGUGAGCAAAGCAGCCGCUUGAGCAAGAGACGGAGAGAGGUCGAUGCAGAGCAGCUAACGGUCAAACCAACGAAUGUUGACACCUCGGCAGAGCGCGAUACCUUGCUUUCCCGAUGCGAUGCCCGCAAAAGGUCCGAAGGUUCCGAUGCCAAGCUUGACUCACGGUGCGGUGGUGGUCUCCUCGCCCCUUUGUUCGACUUACUCGGAGGCGCCUUGACAGGCGGGAUGGAGGAGGGAGGCACAGGCACAGAGACCGGUGGAGGCGGAGAAGGUGGUGAGUCUUGACAGGGGCUUCGUGGUUUGAGGUCGCAGAGCACUCACAACUUUUGAGUGGAUUUUGUAGAUGCGCCGCAAAGGAGAGCUUUGGAGCUCGACUCACCCAAAGGCGAGACUCCUAUCGUCUCGCGCCAGAGUGAGUGGGAAGCGUCUGCACCUGGUCCACGUGUAGUGAUAUGCUGACUCGAACGCGCAUACAUGUCUUACAUUACAGAUUUCCCUCUCGCUUCUGUCGGCGCGAGCGAUGACGUCUUGGCCAGGUCAAUCCACCCUGAUUGGGCUUUGUGGGGCUCUCCUUUCGAGAUCGGCUCAAAGCGUACCGCGAAUUGUGAGUCGCUCUGUGGCUCGAGGAGAUCUUCUAGCUUAUCGCUGAUACAUCCAUCCGUGCGAAGCAGAGAAGGAGGCCCAGCCUUUACCAGUCGUCACGAACCAAGCGCAAUUUGGCAUCGUGAUGGGCGGAGGCUCCGAGGUCUAG